UUUCUGGGAUAUCAUUUGUAGUUGUUGUUGUUGCUGCUGCUGCUAUUUUGUAUGUGAAUCCCGCGUCAUCAUUAUUUUAUGAUUGUAAUUUUUAUUUUAUGAUUAUUCUCUGUUUGUAUUGUUGUUGUUCUUGUGAGAAGGGAAAAUACAUACAUUCUUUGAUGCUGGUGGUGUCUAUCAAAGUAGUCGGUUGAUGUCGUCUACAUCGUUGCUGUUCGUUUCGUUUCUUUUCAUAUAUUGUUGUUGUUGUUGUUUGAUUCCUUCAGAAGAAAACGACGAUGAUGACGAGUGUCUCAACAAUUGAGGAGAGCAACAAAUUGGGUUUGUUUUGUUUUUACUCGCAGGGGGUUCGUGAGUUGUUGUGCUGCCGUUGCCCGUGAAUUUUGUAGUUUGCCAAAGAUCGCCGCCGCUCAUCUUUUUCUUUUCCGUACAAUUUCCCCAAAUCAUUUUCAAUCGAUCAAACGUGACCACGACGAAUCGUGUUAAAAUAUUGGAAAAUCGUUUAUUUUGGUUUUUGGUGUCGCGUUUUCAUUUGCCUAGAAGUGAUUUAAUCAAAAUAUCUGAACAAUUUUUUUCUCUCACAAAAAAAUUAAAUCAUGUAAAAAUUUCUGAAAACUUUGAUAAACCACACAAAGAAAAAUACCAAAAAAAUCAUAAAAAAGUCUUCCUUAAAAAUACGAAAAUUAGUGCCUUACAAAAGAAAUAAUCCUACAAAGUCCUAUCUACAAAACUAAAACAACCUACACCACAACCACCAAAAAAAAAUACUCACAAACAACUCUCCACAACAAAUCAUGUCAUCAAGUCAACCCGCCAGCCAACCAGAUAGCAUUGAUUUGGCCUAUGAUAUGUGGGCCGGCCAGUUUGAGUUUGUCGGACCAAGAGCAAUAACAGCCAUCAAUAAAUCACAAAAAUCAUCGCUCAACAAUAAUAUCCUGACCUUUGGUGACAAAUCCUCGCCCCACAAACAGUCGACGGAGAGUCUCGAGGAUUUAAAUCUUAACUUUAAUGCACCCCACAAUCACAACAACCCCCAUCAGCAGUACAGUCCCUACUCGUCCCAGUCUAUGACCAAUUCGGCCUAUUCGCUGGGCUGCAGUGGCUACGAAACGGAUUAUGGCAAACAGCCCAUCCUGAUCGAUCAAGAGACAUUUUUGAGUUUAAAUCCGGCGGAUUUUGAAGAUAUUGUGCCAUCGAAUUCGGGACCGAAUUCAUUGAUUUUCAUCGAUAAUAAAUUGGUGGAUGCCGAAUACAAUAAUAACAAUAACAACAACAAUAAAUUAAUAAAUUUAGAAAGUUUGACAAACAAAAGUAACAACAAAACCAACAACACCAAUACCAACGGCUUUAAAUUGGAAAAUCUAAAGAAUUUUAAAAAUAAAUUGAUUUGUGAUUACGAAGAGAAAUCGGAAAAUAACAACAACAAUCAUCACAACAAAAUGAAUGGCCUAAGUUUGGAGGUGUGCGAAAAUCUCAAUGAGCAACUGCAAAUCUUGCAACAGCAAGUCACUGAUCUGGCCGAUACUCAAGUCAUAGCAGAAGAUCGUACCACACGCACAAGAACCGAAUAUGCUGUGCUGCAGGCCCGUUAUGAUAUGCUCGAAGAGCAGCUUAGAGAGACCGAACUGCGUGCCGAGGAACGCCUGGCGGAGGAACAAAAACGCAAUCGAGAACUAUUGGCCCGUGCCGAACGUGAAGCCUCUUUGCAAAAUGAAAAUUGUCAAAUAAAAAUCAAAACAAUUGAAAUCGAAGCGAAUGCUUUGCGUGAAGAGAAUCAACGUUUGCGUGUUCUCUGCGACAAACAAGCCAGUGAUUUACAUCGUACCGAAGAGAAAUUGGAAUUGGCCCGAGAUCGUAUUGCUGGGCUACAACAAGACUUGGAUGAGGCUCUGCAAAAGGAGCGUAAAUAUGAAGAGGAAAAGAAAACGUCCGAGGAAUUGAUGUUGGAAUUGAGCAAGGAAUUGGAACGCUUGAGGGCCGAAACAGGCCCAGCAAUGCCCACAACAUCACCUGAGGCCAUAAGACUGGAGGAGUUGCAUCAAGAGUUGGAAGAGAUGAGACAAAGGAAUAAGGGUUUGGAAGAACAAAACGAAGAACUACAGGCUGCUGUCUUAACACGAGGCGUUGAAGAGGGUCGCCAUCUAUUGAAUGGCACAUUAAAUAGUUUGGCUCAAGAACUCGAAGAAAUGUCACAAGCACAGGAUUCUGUGGAUUCAGCCACAUUAGCAUCCUUAAGUCAGUUACAACAAGCCUUCCAAGAAAAAGAGGAAGAAAACACCCGCCUUAAACACUACAUCGAUACCAUACUUUUGAAUAUUGUGGAGAAAUGUCCCCAACUAUUGGAAGUGAAAGCCAUAAACAACAAUAACAAUAAUAAAAAAUAAUAUCUACAACACAAUCAAGGCCAAUUAUAUUUAAAAAGAAAUUAAUUUUUAUUAAUAUUAUUUUUUU